AAAUGGUAAGCGACAUAUACCUAUCAAGUGUGGGUCCGUGAUCUGGAAUCCCAAAGCCUUGUGCAUAGAGUUUCUUCUGUGGAGAAUAAGAAUAAUUCCUUCACUUGUUAUGGGGGCAGUAUUCACAUAAUUUUUUUCCCUUUACUGAUUAUUUGGCAAAUAUUUUAUUCAAAUUCAUGAUUCCUAACUCAUGUUUUUAGCUACCUUAUAAUAUAUGCCCAGGAAAAAUUUAUUAAUUUGGUAUUACCUUAUGUAAAAUAUAAUUAGGAAGGGAAAUUUAUUUAUGAAAUUGUCACAUAGUAUAUUCUAAAGGCAACAAUGAAUGAUUUUGUUAUUAUUGUUUAUAGUUGUUAUCCCUUAUUACUCAGGUAGUUGAGAGUGCUUGUUUUAUUGAGAGUUAUAUGCUUCUUUAGGGAAAUAUUUCCUGUUUUUGUUAACAUUUAAAUUUGUAUACCAUUGAGCAUCUUCUCACCUCUACUCCACUUACUUCCCUGUCUCCUGAGUACUUUGGCCUACAAAGAGGAAUGAUGGAGAGCCUUCCUACCUAGUGGGUGUCCAGUGCUAUAUCAGCUGACUAUGUUGGGCGUGUUUAAAAAUUUGUCCAUGACAUUCUGUCUUGUGGUUCUCUUUAUUAUCAGCUAACGUCCUCUCUCAUUCACACCUUGACUAAUUCUUCAGAAGUACCCUGGGUUCCUAGAAAUAGUAUAAGGCUCUAAACUUCUUCUGACUGAGGUCUGCUAGAUAUAGCUUCCCAGAGUAUUUCCUGCUUUUAGGAAUACUAGGGACCCUAGGGGGAGAGGAGUCCUUUUGUUUCAUGUUGUAACAGAAGGUUACAACAUGCUGCUCUUAUUAGAAAGCUGCUCUUAUUGUUGUGGUUACCUUGCAGAAUGGGGGGAAUAAUAGAUUAGGGAUCAUUCUCGUACUAUUUUCAUACCUUGUUAUUCGUGUGUGUGUGUGUGUGUGUGUCUGUGUGUCCCUUGUAACUCAUUUGUAUUCAAAGCCACUUUUGGAAGGAGUAUUUUACCAGAAGUGAGUCCCCUCCCCCAGGCUUGAGCCUAAUGACCUCACUUUCCUUCCUGUCUUCCUAUGAGGAGUGUGUUUGCUAAUGUUGCUCCAGUUAGCUGAUCUUUCUCCAAACUGGACUAUUAGCAUGGAUAUCAGUUAGUGGGUAAAAGGGGAAGCUUUCUUGCAUUGGAAGGCCCAGGAGGGGUGGAGUGGUCCCUGAUAGCUCCCUGAAGGAGGGUUCCCUUUUAGGAAUCCUUAUGCUUAGAUCCUAAAAGCUAUCAUAAGAGAAGUUCUUUUUACUGUGCCUGCUGUUAUGUUAUUGGAGUGAAGUCAGUGGUUAUGAAAGUAGAAGGCUAUUUGUUAGGAUAUAAUCUUAACAAGAGGUACUGGCUCUUUAGAUUCACAAUUUGCCUGAAUACUAUCAAGCUUUUUCUGUUGCAUGGAGGAUACAAAUUAUUAACCUCAGUUUUUUUGUUUUUAAAGAAGAAAAACAGCAGCAGCAGCUCAGCCCUUCUGAACAGCCCCACAGUAACAACAAGCUCAUGUGCAGGGGCCAGUGAGAAAAAGAAAUUUUUGAGUGACGUCAGAAUCAAGUUUGAGCACAGCGGGGAGAGGCGAAUUAUAGCAUUCAGCCGGCCUGUGAGGUAUGAAGAUGUAGAGCACAAGGUGACAACAGUAUUUGGGCAACCUCUUGAUCUACAUUACAUGAACAAUGAGCUCUCCAUCUUGCUGAAAAACCAAGAUGAUCUUGAUAAAGCAAUUGACAUUUUGGAUAGAAGCUCAAGCAUGAAAAGCCUUAGGAUAUUGCUGCUGUCCCAGGAUGGAAACCAUAACAGUUCCUCUCCCCACUCUGGGGUGUCCAGGCAGGUGCGGAUCAAGGCUUCCCAGUCUGCAGGGGAUAUAAAUACCGUCUACCAGCCCCCUGAGCCCAGAAGCAGGCAUCUCUCUGUCAGCUCCCAGAACCCAGGCCGAAGCUCACCUCCCCCUGGUUAUGUCCCUGAACGGCAGCAGCACAUUGCCCGGCAGGGGUCCUACACCAGCAUCAACAGUGAGGGGGAGUUCAUUCCAGAGACCAGCGAGCAGUGCAUGCUGGAUCCCCUGAGCAGUGCAGAAAACUCCUUGUCGGGAAGCUGCCAAUCGUUGGACAGGUCAGCAGACAGCCCUUCCUUCCGGAAAUCACGCAUGUCCCGAGCCCAGAGCUUCCCUGACAACAGACAGGAGUACUCAGAUCGGGAAACUCAGCUGUAUGACAAAGGGGUCAAAGGUGGAACUUACCCCCGGCGCUACCAUGUGUCUGUGCACCACAAGGACUACAACGAUGGCAGAAGAACAUUUCCCCGAAUACGGCGUCAUCAAGGCAACCUGUUCACCCUGGUGCCGUCCAGCCGCUCCCUGAGCACGAAUGGCGAGAACAUGGGUCUGGCUGUGCAAUACCUGGACCCCCGUGGGCGCCUGCGGAGUGCAGACAGCGAGAACGCCCUCUCUGUGCAGGAGAGGAAUGUGCCAACCAAGUCUCCUAGUGCCCCCAUCAACUGGCGCCGGGGGAAGCUCCUGGGUCAGGGUGCCUUCGGCAGGGUCUAUUUGUGCUAUGAUGUGGACACAGGACGAGAACUUGCUUCCAAGCAGGUCCAGUUUGACCCAGAUAGUCCUGAGACAAGCAAGGAGGUGAGUGCUCUGGAGUGUGAGAUCCAGUUGCUGAAGAACUUGCAGCAUGAGCGCAUCGUGCAGUAUUAUGGCUGUCUGCGGGACCGUGCGGAGAAGACCCUGACCAUCUUCAUGGAGUACAUGCCAGGGGGCUCCGUGAAGGACCAGUUGAAGGCCUAUGGAGCCCUGACAGAGAGUGUGACCCGGAAGUAUACCCGGCAAAUCCUGGAGGGCAUGUCCUACCUGCACAGCAACAUGAUUGUUCACCGGGACAUCAAGGGAGCCAAUAUCCUCCGAGACUCUGCUGGGAAUGUGAAGCUGGGGGACUUUGGGGCCAGCAAACGCCUACAGACCAUCUGCAUGUCGGGGACAGGCAUGCGCUCAGUCACCGGCACACCCUAUUGGAUGAGCCCUGAGGUGAUCAGUGGCGAGGGCUAUGGAAGGAAGGCAGACGUGUGGAGCCUGGGCUGCACUGUGGUGGAGAUGCUGACAGAGAAACCACCUUGGGCAGAGUAUGAAGCUAUGGCCGCCAUUUUCAAGAUUGCCACCCAGCCCACCAAUCCUCAGCUGCCUUCCCACAUCUCUGAACAUGGCCGGGACUUCCUGAGGCGCAUUUUUGUGGAGGCUCGCCAGAGACCUUCAGCUGAGGAGCUGCUCACACACCACUUUGCACAGCUCGUGUACUGAGCUCUGAAGUCCACGCUGUUGCUGGCUGCCCUUGCCACACGAGCAAGGGGCUGCUGUGGGCUUGGCGAAGUUGCUGCUUCUCCAGGCGAGGCUGUAGACCACAGAGCUGAGCUACGCCCAGCCAGCGUUUGUCUGCGCCCCUUCUGCCACUGGGGCUCAGAGCUAGGGUGGGGUGUCUGCAGCCUCAAAGACUGAGAGUCCCCAGUCUGCCAGACCCAAGAGCUCCCAGUGUCCUGAGAGGGCCGGGAACAGUAUGCUAGGUGGCCGUGUGGGCCCUACCCUUGGGUUGUGUCCUGACGCUGCAAAAUCUGCACCAAAGCCCAGAGGAUCUGGGGGCACAGGACUGAUGCCAGGGUAUGAAUAGUGUUAUUUUCAUUCAGAGUGUUACUUUGUUUCUCCUCUCAGUGUCUGGAGACCACCAGGAUGUCUUGGGGCUGGAUGAGCCCACUGAAGCCUGAGGUAAAGCCCAGCAUGCCCCAAGCAACGGCAGGCAGAGGCCCAGGCUGCCCUCCCCAGAGCCCUGGUCAGCUCUGCCAGUCCUAUCCUGUACCAAAGAUGAAUGGAGCAAAUGUCAUGCUGCCUUAUUCAGGGAAGGAGGAGCCUGUCCUGCCUGUCCCCGUGCCCCUGCUUCAUUAGCAGGGGCCUGAGAUGUGGAACUACUCCCACUGAGGGGGGAGACCCAAUUUUGUCAAUGCAAUUGUCUCUGUUUUACAAGUUGGAGUCACUCUUAUGCUGUAUCCAGUUUCUAAACUGGAGACUUUGUGCCCUCUGGGCUCUGAGGACCCCUGCUGUGGGCCUGGGUCUGGGCUGGACUGGGAAGAGCUGGAGCAAUGGCCCUUGUGCUCCUGACCGGCAUCAGUUCCCCCACUGGAGUGGGAGGGAAGGUGGACAGCACAGUGAGGGCAUCUGGCCUGGCUGGUGCCUUGAGCCCAGAGAGUCUGGGGAGGUGUCUCAGGCUGCCUGAGUUGUCACCUGCUAGGCCAGAGCCCCCUCUGUCUGCUAGAAGGAAAAGCCCACAUGCUGCCACCAACUGUGUCUGAAACCGCCAGCUUUGUUCUUCCUUAGCCAGCCUUGCCCACCCCUAGGAGGUCUCAGCCUUUCCCUUCUUGUUCCUCCCCAGGGGGAGAAGUGGCAGCAGGGGUCUGGGAAGCAGCAUCUCCAAGCAGCUUAGAGUUGGCCAUAUUUACCUCAGCCUGGGCGCUGGUCCUUUCUUCCGGCCCCUCCCCUCCAAAAUGUGCCUAUUGCUCCAGCUCCUCCCUCUCAACACCCAGUUUCCUUGGGAGUUGUCAUGAAAGGAAAUAAAAGCCAGUGCCCAGGGAUGAGUGUCUCCAGGAGCUGGGGGUGAGCGGCAGGCAGCCCUGCCAGCGUGCCUGCGAUCCCACAGGCACAGAACAAGCCAAAGCCUUCGUUGUAUGUUGACGAUGCACUUUUAUGAAUGUAGUUUCUAUCGCUGUUUUUAGCCUUUUCACAUCAUGUAAUGUGAGGCCUUGUACUUGUUAAUUUAUAUCUCAGAUCAUAUUUGAUGGUUUUUAUAUAUAUCAAUCUAGACUGUUACAGGUGAUGGACGCCUCAUGAGAGAGAAGAAAAAAUGAAAGCAGCUGGUUUUGCAGAAAUGUGUGCUGCAUGGUGCCAGUUGGGCCUGGGCCCCUCUGUUUCUAUCCGUUUCUCCCCAAGGCCCCUUUCCACUCCACCCUGCCCUCUGAAGACAGUGAGCACGUGCUCCUGCCUCCACUUCGGCCCUUGCCCAGGGUGGGGCGUGGCCCCUCAUCUCGACCAAAGCUGCCGUGUGGCAGCUCGGCCUCUCCACGCCCACAUCCUGCUGCCUGUACACUCUUCUUGGCCCCCACCCCCAGCCCCCGGCCCUGUUCCCCAAGAGGAUGCGGGCUGACUCUGCAGCUGUGUGUGUCCCAGGUUCAGGCUGUCACAGAGCCCCAUCCCCUGGGGUCUUACCUCACAGGGAAUGUGUUUUAAAAAUGAAUUUGAAAACAAGCCAACAAACCUACACUCCAAAAAACCAAAAAAGUCCCUGACAUUUUUGUGCCAAAAACUGUGGACAUGCUAUUUCAGCAUCCUCAGGAUCAAGCUGUUGCUUAAUUUUAAUUUAUUGUUUUUUAUUAACUAAUCCAGAUGAAAAGUUGUGGGGCUCUAGGACGACCUGGGCCCAGAGGUUCUGAAGGGCAGUUUCCUAGCAGUCCCAGGCUUGCUGUGGGAAGAGGCCGUGCCAUCAUUCUCUCAUCAUUCCGUGGGGCGUGUGCCUUGGCCAGCCCCGCAUGGAGAGGCCAGGGCUGGGGAUGGUCCUGCCCUCCUGCCCCGCCUGCUCGCCCACCCACCCAGCUCUGUGUCUGUGUCUGAAUUGUGGAUCGUGCAGAAGAACCUGCAGCCAUAGUUAUUUGACUAUAUCUUGACCGAGGGCUUGCAGUGCAAAGCCAGGCCAGUGUCGUGCAUUACUUACAAUAAAAGGGAUCAUUUAUA